AUACCGCCAAGUGUUUAAGAAGAUGAAUUGUUUUUUUUAUUGUGUUUUCUCUAUAGUUUUGUUAUACCCAAUAAUAAUAGAAAGAAACUGUAGAGGAUAUUUUAGCAUCCAUAAUUUUAACUUUGAAUCUAUAAGGCAAGCUCCAUUUUGGAAAUCGCCCAUUAGAUGAUGGUUGCGUUGGUUACGUCAAUGCCAUUACCGUCUUACUUCCCUGCUUUCUAUGCAGUUAACCUAUCUUAAGUUUGGCGUUAUUUUUUGUAUUAGUUAACUUUUAGUUAAAAUGGCCUGUUACUUUAGAAGUUUUCACUUUCUCGGCGGUGGUAAAUUGUUUUUAAAUAACGGCUGCGCUUUCAAGCAGAGCGUGAUGGGGCUUCGCAGAGCAACGAAAGAGAAAUUGGAAAAUUUGCAUUUGCCGGAUAAACCAAAGAGACCCACGACGCCUUACCUGAAAUUUAUUAACGAACACCGCGCGAUCGUCAAAGAAGAAAACCCGGAGUUCAAACCCACGGAGGUCGUAAAAAAGUGCGCCCAAUUGUGGAACAGUAGCAGCAGUUCCGUGAGAGAAAAAUAUAUGCAAACGUUCAAGGAAGAAUUAAAACAGUAUACGGCGAAGGUAAAGACUUAUUCUGCGAGCCUCACGGAGGAGCAACAGCAGUUGUUGAAAGAAAUCGAAAAGGAAAAGAAACACGAUAAGCAGCGGCGCCUUCAAAGGCAAUUGUUUAGGGAAAGCAAUAAGCCGAAAAAACCCCAGACUCCCUACAAUUUAUUUUUGUCUGAGAAGAGCAAGAUGACGAACAAAAGUAUCAAAGUGUUGAUGUCCGAAUUGAAAGGGGAAUGGGCCCAAUUGCCCGAUAGAGAAAAGGACAAAUAUCAGUUUCAGUAUCUUAAAGAGAAAGAACGUUAUGAGAGAGAGAUAGCCGCAUGGGAGGAAAAAAUGCUCAGAGAAGGUAGGUCGGAUAUGGUUAGGGUCAAAACUUUGGAAGCAAAGACAUUAUCUGGCCAAAGAAAGGAAGGUAGGGAAGACAACACUCACAAAUCGUCAGGCUCUUCCAAAAUGAAAGCCCCCGAAUAGGGAGACGAGUGUCUUUGCCCGAAAACUUUGUCCACCUCUGCGGGUGAAGGCACAAUAUUUGAUGCUGACGCAAAGGACGGUGAGUCACAAACAAAAUCGCCAUUUGUGUCAAAAUUGAAUAAUCGGAUAGGACGAGAGGUGGAUGAUCAUGAAGACCAGCCAAAGUCGAGAAGUAUCCUGCGAAAAUUGCGGACAAUUUUUAGGUUUUGAGAGUGUUUGAUUUUAUUUUACUUUAUUUGUAAGAACAAUUAUUUUUAAGUAU